AAAAAUAAUGUAAAAUAUUCAUUGGGUGUGGUUUGAUCGUGGAUUAUCAAAAUUUAAGAAUUUUUACGUUUUCCAACUGUCAUUAUUACAUUAUAUAUGUACUCAUUAUAUAUGUGUUGUGUUAUGUGAAAAAGUAGUAAGGAAUACUAAAAAAUGUCAGAGUGUCCUAUUGCUCAAAUUAACGAAGAUGAUGAAGAUACUCAAGAACGAAGAAUUGAAGUACAAGGUUACCUAAAUAAGUGGACAAAUUUUUUACAUGGAUGGCAGAAACGGUACUUUGUUCUAAAAAAUGGGACACUUCUCUAUUUUAAAUCUGCAUCAGAAACAGAAUAUGGAUGUCGUGGUGCCAUAAGUUUAUUUAAAGCUACUGUGAAGCUUCAUGAAGUUGAUGAUUGUCGAUUUGACAUAUCAUUAAAUGAUUGUGUUUGGUAUUUGCGUGCUGAUUCACCUGCUACCAAAAAUCAUUGGAUUGAUGUUAUAGAUUCAUUUAAAGCGGAAUCUGGUUAUGGCAGUGAAAAUAAUCUGAAGCGUAAUGGUAGUUCACUUUCAAUAUUAUCAUGUAAUAUGUCAACAAUGUCUCCAGUUUUAAAAAAGAACAAAGGUUUGCAAGAUAAACUCAGUGAGUUGACAGCGUUUCGUAAUAUUUUAAUUAAUCAACUUGACAGACUUCAAAUCUACUUUGAUACAUGCUUAGCAGAGUUUGCUUCUUCAAAUGAAGAGUUGUCAAAACACGAAGCAUAUCAAAAAUAUUCAUGUGAAGCUUUAGAUUUUAAAGGUGAAGCAGUAGCAUUUAAAGCAACGUCUUCUGGAAUAAUUGAAAUUCUUAGACAUUGCAUUGAAGUAAUGAAUCAACGAGAAGAAAUGUGGGAAUCUAUGUUGGAAAAAGAAAUUAAUAACCGAAAAGAUUUAGAGGAAGUGGUUAGAACAUUGUCUUUAGUUGAUGGACUAACAGAUCAAGAAAGAGUUCAAGUUCUCUCUGGGGCAGACUUAACUGAACAUUCCACUAUUACUGAUGAUGAAUUUUAUGAUGCUGUUGAGUCUUCUAACGAAAAUUCUACUGAAGAUUCUAAACAAAUAAAAGGUCAAUUAUUACAGCGUUCUAAAAACAAUAAUACUCCUAGCAAAGACAUUAAUUGGGCUUCAUAUAUUAGAGCUGCUGCUACUGAAGCUUCUUUAAAACACCCAUAUUGGCCAGAUAUUGAACAUGUUGUUGCUGAACAAAUUCGAGCAGCACGAAUGGGUCUCGGUAAAGGAGCUUGGCAAUUAUUUGUUGAAGAUGGUGAGAUGCGAAUGUAUAGGAGAGAAGUUGAAGAAGAUGGAAUGGUUGUAGAUCCACUUAAAGCAACACAUCAAGUUAAAGGCAUUACAGGUCGAGAGUUAUUGCAUUAUUUUUUUUAUCCUGAAUAUCGAUAUGAUUGGGAAGGUACACUGGAAACAAUGAAUGUUGUCAAUGAAAUUGCUAAUGAUACAAUAGUUUUUCAUCAAAUUCAUAAACGAAUAUGGCCAGCUGCACAACGUGAUUGUACGUUCUGGUCUCAUCUAACACAUGUUCCUGAUGUAGAUAAUGAAUCUGAAGAUGGACCACAUAUUUGGGCAGUGGUUAAUAAUUCUGUUGAACUACCAUCACAUGUGGCUAAUGAAGGUAAAUUGGUACGUCUUUUUGUUACUAUUAUUCUAAUGGGACAAACAGUGAUAGCACCUGAAACCAAAGAUAAAGAACUAAAACGUGAUGAUAUAACUUGUAAAAUCACCUAUUGUGCUGUUGUCAACCCUGGAGGAUGGGCGCCUUCUACAGUUCUUAGAGCUGUUUACAAAAGAGAGUAUCCAAAGUUUUUGAAAAGAUUUACAGCAUAUGUAAUUGAUAAAACGAAAAACUUACCAAUUAAACUUUAAAUAAACUUAUUCAUUUUACUAUCAAAUGUAAUUUUUCAUAUGUAUUUUUACUGCCAAUUAUUGUAAUUUUUUACUAUUCCAUCUUACUCUAGCUUUUUAUGUUCAUAAUCUUAAUUUUAUAAAUAUUUUAUAUCAAAUAUUAUUUAUUAAAAAUGUUUAUUCCUUAAUUAAAAUUGUAUACCAUCUUUGUUUUAAAAUAUAAUAAUUUAAUAUAUUUGCUUGGUUUAUAUACAGUUAAAUAAUUAAUUUUGCAAAUAUGUUUAUUGACCUAACUAUAAAAUAAAUGUGGUCAACAUAAAGAAAUUUGAUUUGUUUUGGUAAAAUCCAUGUUAUAGUGGUUACCAUGGAAACAAGCUAUCUGUAUAAAAUUUGACAUGUUAUUAUACUAUGUUAAUAAUUUUUGUUAACUUAGUAAGUAAUAUAAUAUAAUAUUAUUUUUACAUAAAUAUCUUCAUGUUUAUAUUUUAUUUUAUAAAUUAUGUGUUUUAAAA